AUGUCUCGCGACACGCUUUGUGAAAGGUGUGACGCAAUUUUCCGCUUCCGAGGCAGCUAUCUCACCCAAGAAAUUAUCUCACAGAAGCGCGAAGCAAUCGCAGACGUUCAGAAGAGCGGAGCUGAUGACUCUGAUGUCGAUAGCCUCAAGCAGGAUCUUUCCAGAUAUGAGCAAGGACUGCUCAAUUGCGGAAAGCCACCGAGGGCCCGGUUUCCACGGCCUGAGGACAAUAACGCUCCAUGCCCAUGGCCAAAGACUCUACCCGAGGUGAAUCGAUCAAGAUCCGAACGUAAGUGGGCUAUUUCUUGCGAAAAUGGAUGGAGAAAGUGGUCUGACUUUGAAGAGUCUGCUCACAUCUGUCCGUUAUGCUAUCAAAUUGUUGAAAUGGGUUGCUAUAGCGCAAACCAGUUUCCCGAUCGAGUAGCACGAAUUCGAAUAAUACCAGAUUGGGAUGAUCCCAUAAAAGCUACAGGUCAACUAUUCCAACGGGGCUGGACCCUUCAAGAAAGACUUUUGAGUCCGCGAAAGAUAUAUAUGUGUCGAUUUCCUUUCUGGGAAUGCCUCUCGGGAGUUCGGUAUGAACUUUCCCCUCCAGAGCACCAAGAUGCUAGCCAUUAUCCACAAUUCGAGAGGAAUGCUAUACUGCCUGCCUUUGAGCCUGAAGGGGCAUUCAAUGGAUGGAAACUGAUUGUUGAACACUAUUCUCGAGCGAAAUUGACAUAUCCGAGCGACAAGCUGGUUGCAAUAAGUGGGUUAGCUCAAAAGUUUGCUGAGGGUGUGAAGGAAUCUUAUUAUGGCGGUAUUUGGGGUGGAAAGCACUUGUUAGAAUCACUGCUCUGGGUAUGCCAAAAGAACAAUCAGGUUUAUCGGCCGUUGGAAUAUCGAGCCCCUUCCUGGUCGUGGGCAUCAAUUGAUAGUGAGAUACUAUACGGCGGAGCCCGAGAUAUAGGCCCGCACGAGACUUUUGUCCGCUUCCUCAGCAUUCAUACAAGUCCAAAAGCGGAUGAUCUGUUUGGACAAAUAUUAGCCGGCCAUUUGAGCAUACGUGGUUGUCUGUUCGAGCUGCCGAAUGAAGAUCUGGUGAAGAAUAUGUUGAGAAGAGGUCACCUAGACGACCCAGAUGAGGAUCUCUCGAGAACCUCGAUAUACAUUGUCCCUCUAUGCUGGCAGUCCUCUCCAACGAUUCCCAGAUAUGGUUACACUUCCCUGAUUCUUCUCCCUUGCGAAGAUCAUGGCGCACAUCGAGUAUCACCUGAAAUGAUUGGUCAAAAAGUGUUUCGAAAAAUUGGUCUUUUCCCAGGCGGAAGAGAAGGUCGGAUUUGCUACAGGCCCUCGGGAAUCCCCGAUACUUUCGGGCCUCCGGUGUACCCGAUUGGUUGGUCCAUCCAUCCUUGGCCAGAGGAACUUCACGAGGAGUUCAUUAUUAUAUAG